GGGAUAAGGUUGAGCCUGCCGCCUGGCCGUUAGAUACCAGGGUCCAGCUAACUUCACCGGUAAACUAUGCCCGGAAAAUGUAAAUUCCAGGACUCCUGGCUCUCAAAGACAAUUUACAAGGACUGGCUUGUUAAGGACGUCCAAGACAUUCACUUCGCCCGAUGCAGGGCCUGUUGUAAAUCAAUCAAACUUCAGACCAUGGGCGAGGCUGCUCUCACCAGCCACGCAGGGGGAGCUGGCCACAAAGCAGCCGUACGCAAGCUAAUGGAAGCAGGCAAUGUAAUGCUGAUUAAUGCCGCUGGGCAGAUAAAUGGCAGCGUCAAUCAGACGGAGGACAGCAAGGAGCAAAUGGCCAUCUGCCUCCAGCGUGACGCCUUGGACAGAAUAACGGGCAGCGACUGGUCCAAUCUGCACCAGAGCCCCACUACAAACUCCACCUACCAUAAUGCCGAGCUACAGGAUGUGACAUUUGCUGCUUACUUCACAGCACCAGGCAGGUACCGGCUCAACAACCAGCGUCUCCAGCUGACAGGCAGCGAGGCGGAGGACGCGACUCGCGGCCCGACUCGGCACUACUCGGCAGACCUGUCGAGACAGGAGCAGCAGCAGAGAGUAGAAGCUCUGGAGCAGCAGCAGCAGAUGAAGAUCCUGGAGUGGGAGAACAGGAUGAAGGUGCUGGCGUGGGAGCAGGAGCUGGUGAAGGAGAAGAGGAGAGUAGCUCGGCAGAAGGAGAAGGCCUUCAGGAUGAAGAAGGCUUACUACAAAGCCAAGCUAAAGAGGAUGGGCGAGGACCUGCCGCCAUCUUCCUCCAGCAGCAGUGAUGAAGACGAGAAAACGUCUGAUCCGACAGGAUGAACUGUUUUAACUGCUGGUUUCAUUCUUGUAUUUCUUUUGUCUAUAUGCCAUGGAACUGUUACUAUUACUUUUAUACAUUGGUUUGUAUUUCAAUGCAUAAAAAGAUUCAAAGUUGCUUUUAAUUAGAUAUUCUUGGAUACAUGGAUGUGCUAUGACGCAGAUAAACAUCUUGUAGAAAAGCCUCUGAACCGUGUAAAAGGGUUGAGAUCAAAAUCCAAAUCUGUUGUUCAUCACAAUGGGUCUUCAGUCUUCAAACGUACAUGAUGUGAGGUUGAUAGUGUAUGUAAAGGCCGUAGCCUUAUUCUAGGAAGAACAGCAGUUUUAAGAAUGUAUUGAGAAUUACAUUUGCAGAUGUAGAAUUUGAAAUUACGUUCAUAAAUGGACAAUCUAAUCAUUUUACUUGCAUAGCUCCUUUUGCAUGUUCACAUGAGUGUGUAUACUUAUAACAUUAGUCUUUGCUUUGUGAAUAAAAAGAUAUUGCAUUUGGUACAGAGUUGGAGAUGACUACAGGCAGGUGACAACUACACACACGUGGCCAAAAGUACAGUAUGUAGCUGCAAUGGCCGCCUCUGCUGAAUUUUUGGACUGGGCAGCGGGGAUUUGCUAUAAAAGCAUCAACAGCUAUAUUAGUAUAGUUAUGUGCUGUAACUAUUUCGGAGCUUUAGAGGUGCUGGCAGGCUAGCGGUCUCCCCCUGCUUCCAGCUAAACCAAGCUCAUUGCAGAGACAACAGUGCUACUGAUCUUCAUAUCCAACUCGUCAAAACAAAUGUAAGCAAAAUAUCUCUGUCAUCCUUAUGUGUUACAGCAAACAUUGCUUUGUAUUUUACUAAUACAAACCUGUCUCAUGGAGCUGCGACUAACUCAUAUUAUUACAAAUCUGACAGGAGCAUUGAUCAGUAUUUGUUUCAGCCCUUGCAGGUCUUAAUCUAAAGUUUACUCAAGGGCUGGUUAUAUUGUCUCGGCCGGUGCUUUCGUUUUUGCUGAGAGUCAGCAGAGGUGGCACCUGAACAUCUCCGACGCCUCUGAAUGUGACAGAACAAAACAUGUCCGAGAGAAAGAGGCCUCCAGAAAAACGUGUCCCUCUGUCAGGACGUUUCCUCUGCUCAGUUUUUUUGCUCAUAAAAAUGUCUGUUCUCAUGAAUAUGAAACAGCACACGCAGAAUAAAUAUAAACACAGCCGUGUAGGAAUGUCAUUUUUUUUAAUGUCCAACAUUUCUCUUGUUUCCGUGGUAACGGAAACAGCUGUUUCCAUGCCGCCGCCGUCCCCUUGACGACGGCGGGUUAGAAGGCAUCCCAUUAUUAACACGCAAGCUAGCAAAGACGAUCUCGCAUCCCUCCUUCUACUCUCCCUGACUAUCUCUCGGUUUCUUUCCUUCGGUCACUUCCCCACUUUUUUUUUUUUUUUUAAACAGAGCACAUUUUAAUCUCAACUCCGUUUUUUUUUUGUCUCCUCUCACUUGUGUGACGAAGCAGAUUAACCUGAAGCUGGAUACUGACUGUUAGGUAUAAAAGCACACCUUACCAGUUCAAGACUUGAUGUUGUGGAUGUGAUGCUUCAGCCUUGAAUCUAUAACAGUGACCAGGGAGGAAAAUGGUUUGAUUUAGGACAUAUCUGCAUUAUUUACACCCAGUAUUCAACUUUGAGUUUAGAGAUGUUGAUGCUCUGUCUGGGGAGGAUAAAUGCACCUACACAAGUUUGUUUGUUCAAAUCUUCCCACAUUUAACCUCCGUGAUUGGAUGAAGAAACCAAAUCAAAUGCCGAAAAGCAAAGUGUCUUGCAUCACACUGUAAACAGAGACAUUUGUAUCUUUACAUUGCUGUCUCCUCUUGUCCUCCAUCUGUGAAUUUGUUGCAGCGAGAGACUCCGAUUAUAAGAAACAGAACAAAGGGAACAUUUGGACAAAAAAA